ACCCUUCAUCGCGCAAUCCACUCCUUUACGUACACCGCGACACGCUACGACACACACAGCACGCGCCUUCCUCGAGCCAAUUUCCACGACAUUAGUAGCGACACCACGAUACAGCAAACAAAAUGGCGGAAGCCACUCGGCGCAAGGUCAACGAGACCAAUGGAAUCACGAAGGGAGAUGCGCAGCACCAAUUGGACGGCGCGGUGCAUUCGAUCGAACAGAAGCUGGAAGAGCAAGCAGAGCUCCAUGCACGAAACCCUCAGGAGCAAAAGGAAGCAGGGUUGUUCCAGUUGGUAAUCUGUGUCGCUGGUAUAUAUGGAAGUUUCAUGACCUGGGCAUGGAUCCAAGAGCGAUUAACAACCACCACCCACGGCCCCAGCAACCAGCGCUUCACAUACUCCAUCUUUCUCAACACCGUCCAAUCCGCCUUCGCUGCCAUCACCGGCCUCCUCUACCUUCACCUGUCCGCGAAGAAAGACCCCAAGACCGGCGUGCGCAAGGUGCUACCCAUCUUCCCCUCCAAGGACAUCCUCAUGCCACUCCUCGGAAUCGCCGUCACAUCAUCGCUCGCCUCCCCCUUUGGAUACGCGAGUCUGAAGCACAUUGACUACGUCACCUUCAUUCUCGCCAAGAGCUGCAAACUGCUUCCGGUCAUGUUUCUGCACAUCUCGCUCUUCCAGAAGCGAUACCCCAUGUACAAGUACGCCGUCGUCGGUUUCGUGACUCUCGGUGUCGCAGUCUUUACACUACACAGCCCUUCCACAGCGAAGAAGGCCGCGAAGAAGGGUGUCAGCGCAGACGCCUCGCAAACCAUUGGUCUCAUCCUGCUCGGGGUAAAUCUUCUCUUCGACGGCCUCACAAACACAGUUCAAGAUCACAUCUUCAGCAGCUUCAAAGGCUUUACUGGACCCCAGAUGAUGUGCGCCCAGAAUAUCAUGUCAACAGCACUAACAGUAUCCUACCUUCUCAUCACACCUCUCCUUGCCUCCACUCCCCUCGCUGGCUGGAUUGGCCUCGACCCACGCUCCUCAUCCGGUGAGCUAUCUGACGCGCUCUCAUUCAUAACCACAUACCCCGCUGUCGGUUGGGAUGUCCUCAUGUUCUCCGCCUGUGGCGCUAUAGGCCAGGUCUUUAUCUUUCACACCCUAGCCCACUUUAGCUCGUUGCUGCUUGUUACAGUGACGGUCACGAGGAAGAUGCUGACCAUGGUUUGGAGUGUGUGGUGGUUUGGUCAUGAGAUUACUGGCAUGCAGUGGCUAGGUGUUGGACUGGUGUUUGGUGGUAUUGGUGCGGAAGCGGCGGUGGGGAGGAGGGAAAAGGCGAAGAAGGCUGCGGCUAAGAAGUUGGAGGAGGAGAAGAGGAAACGAUAGAUCAUGUGGGCUGGGGUACAUACUUUUGAGAGUACUAGAGGAUAUUUUGAUGCGCCUUUGUCUCUGUAGAUUCAUAGAGCGAUAGACGAUUCUUGUACAGUUGAUAUAUAACACACUUUUUCUUCGACGAGCUUCACUUCAUGGGCUCGGACAGCAGUCAAGCUGAGCCUUACUCAUCUGUACCACCACGCCCCAAUUACCCCACUUCCUCUUCCAGAGCUCCAA